AUGAAGCUCAUAGUCGGACAAAAUGACAAUCCGGGUAUUAUUCUAUCCUCCGUUUUCAAAGCGCAGCUAAAAGCCGUUGAAGAAGGCAAAGCAACAAAGCUUGUGCUGAACUCUGGUUCCGAGGUUGAACAUGUCCCGACUAUUGGGCGUAUGCUCGCUCGUACCGGCAAGAACGAGCUUUACACUAACGAUCUUCUCAAACAGUCUGAGGUCGAUCAUUUUAUGCGCGUUGGUGCACGAUUCAGCUUCGAUCGAGAUAUCGCAAAGCUAGACAGCACUCUUCUCUAUCGAACAUUUGUUGUCGGUAAUGAACUCACUGUGGCUGAUUACCUUCUUUUCGCGUAUGUUCGCGAUCAAGCCGCCUGGUCUGGAUCGUCUGAAAAGUUCAUCAAUGUAAACCGUUGGUUCAAUCACAUCCAGCAAAUGGCUCCAGUCAAGCAAGCUAAACUCGCUGAACCUGCCAAUAAAUCUGACAAGAAGGCCGAAGUUGAGGUCACAGAUGGCGGUCGAAAGAAGGAGGGUACUUUUGUCGAGCUUCCCGGCGCUGAGAUGGGAAAAGUUGUUACCCGAUUUCCACCAGAAGCUUCAGGAUAUCUUCAUAUUGGCCACGCUAAAGCAGCUCUUCUCAACGCUCAUUACCAACGAGCAUUCAAAGGAAAACUUGUCUUCCGAUUUGACGAUACAAAUCCAGCUAAAGAAAAGGAGGAUUUUGAGAAGAUCAUUCUCGAGGACGUGAAACUCCUAAAGAUCAAGCCUGACAUGUUUACCUACACCUCUGAUCACUUCCCGCUUAUGCUCAAGUACUGCGAUCAGCUGAUCAAAGAGGGCAAGGCUUUUUGCGAUAAUUCGCCACCAGAGGUUAUGACAGAGCAGCGAACCAACAAGCUUCCUAGUGCUUGCCGGGGUAACUCCGUCGACGCUAACAUGAAGCUCUGGCAAGGAAUGCAAGACGGUACCGUACUUGAUGCUUGUGUUCGGGCCAAGAUCGACUACGCUAGCAACAACGGUGCCCUCCGUGAUCCUGUCAUCUACCGAGUCAAGCACGAGGCUCAUCCACGACAUGGCAAGAAGUACCGAGUUUACCCAACUUAUGACUUUGCUUGUCCAAUUGUCGACUCCGUUGAGGGUGUCACUCAUGCUCUUAGAACAACCGAGUAUCUUGAUCGUGACGACCAGUACUUUUGGUUCAUUGACGCUCUGAACAUUCGACGACCCCAUGUUUGGGCUUACUCGCGACUCAAUCUUCAGAACACUGUUCUUUCUAAGCGAAAGUUGACUUAUUUCGUCGACGAGGGAGUUGUCGAUGGCUGGGAUGAUCCUCGAAUGCCAACUGUCCGUGGUGUUCUCCGCCGUGGUAUGACUGUUGAGGGACUCACCGAGUUCAUCUUGGCUCAGGGCUCUUCUCGUGCUAUUGUUACUAUGGAAUGGGACAAAAUCUGGUCAUUCAACAAGAAGGUUAUCGACCCGAUUGCUCCUCGUCAUUUCGGUCUUCUCGAUAGUGGACUUGUCAAGGUCAACGUUACCGAUGCCAAGGAAAAGAUUGAGAAGGCUCCUUUCCAUCCCAAAAACCCAGAUGUUGGCGAGAAAGAUAUGUUUUUCUCGAAGUCUGUUUUCAUUGAGUCAGCCGAUGCUGAGGGAUUCAAGGAAGGCGAGAACGUUACCUUCAUCAACUGGGGCAAUCUUCUCAUCACCAAGGUCAAUAAGGCCAAUGGCAAGAUCACCGGAGUCGACGCCAAGCUCAACCUCGAUAACAAGGACUUCAAGAAGACCAUGAAGAUCACUUGGCUCGCCGAGCAUCCAAAGAGCAAGCUCACCCCAGCCGUUGCUGUUGACUUUGACAACAUUAUGACCAAGGCUAUUUUGGAGAAGGAUGAUGACUUCAAAAACUAUAUCAACCGAGACUCGCGACGAGCUGAGAAUCUUCUUUGCGACCAACAGUUGCGAGACUGCAAAGAAGGUGACAUCAUCCAGAUCCAGCGACGUGGAUUCUAUCGAGUCGAUCAACCCUACAAGCCAGCCAACGGUGCAACUUUCCAGGAGACUCCAGCUAUUCUCUUCUCAAUUCCAGACGGCCGAACGAAGGAAGUCGCAAAGACUGGAGCCAAGCAAGCUUCCCAACCAGCGAAAGAGCAAGUUAGAGGAAAAGGCACCAAGAAAGCUGCGCCCGGUCAAGCUGCUGCUGCUCCCGCACAGCCCGCCGGAGAUGCCCUCGCUCUUUGGGAGGAAGUUACCAAACUUGGCGAUGCUGUCCGCGAACUCAAGACGGCUAAGGCUGCUAAAGACCAGAAGCCCGCUGGUGGUGCUUCCGCUCCUACUACCCCUGCAGCAGGAGGUGCCUCGUCUGAGUUGGCACUCUGGGAAGAAGUCAACAAGCUCGGCACUGCUGUCCGAGAUCUUAAAGCUGCUAAAGCUCCGAAGGAUCAAGUUACAGCCGCCGUGAACAAGCUUCUCGAAGCCAAGAAGAAUUUCAAGGCUAAAACUGGCAAAGAUUAUGACGCUAACAAGAAACCUACUGGUGGAGUUGCUCCAGUCCCCGAUCAAGCUGCUUCAGCCGCUGCCUCUGGUGGUGACCUCGCUCUCUGGGAGGAGGUUACUAAACUAGGGCAAUCAGUCCGAGACCUCAAGGCCGCCAAAGCUCCUAAAGACCAGGUCAAAGCUGCUGUGGACAAACUACUUGAUGGAAAGAAGAACUACAAGGCCAAGACUGGACAGGAUUAUGAUGCGAAUAAGAAGCCCGCUAGUGGUGCUUCUCCUGCGCCUGCUCAUGCUGCCGCUGCGCCCGCUUCUUCCUCUGGUGAUCUUGCCCUUUGGGAAGAAGUCACUAAACUUGGCGAUGCUGUCCGUCAACUCAAAGCUGCCAAAGCACCAAAGGACCAAGUAACUGCUGCUGUUACCAAACUCCUUGAAGGGAAGAAGGAAUUCAAGGCAAAAACUGGAUCCGACUAUGAUGCGAAAAAGAAACCAGCUGGCAGUGCUCCCGCUGCGGCCUCUACUUCCGCAGCUCCCUCUGGAGCUCUUGCUGCCUGGGAAGCUACUACUGCCCAAGGAAACGCUGUUAGAGAACUGAAAGCCAAGAAAGCAUCAAAGGAUGAAAUCAUGGCUGCCGUCGGAAAACUUAAAGAAUUGAAAGAGACAUUCAAGAAAGUAUCAGGUACCGACUACGACGCCAACAAGAAGCCUGCUGGUGGAUCGGCUGCUGCUCCUGUACCUGCCGCUGCCGCGACUUCCGCUGCUAGCCCACAUAUGGACUUGUGGAAACACACCGUCGAGCAGGGAGAGAAGGUUCGAAAGCUCAAGGCUGAAAAGGCUUCGAAAGAAGACAUCACGGCUGCAGUAGGGGAAUUGAAAGACCGAAAAGUAAAAUAUGAAGCUGCAUCAGGUCAGAAAUAUGACGCCAACAAACCACCAACUGGAGGUGCUAGUGCUGCACCCGCUGCCAAACCAGCAGCUAAGCCUGCCAAGAAAGAAAAGGCUCCCAAGCAAGCUCAAGCCCCAAAGAAGGGCGAAACUCGCCUUGGAGUUGAAGCCAAGAAAGACGAAGAUCUGCCAACCUGGUUCCAGCAGACCAUCACCAAGGCAGGCUUGAUUGAGUACUACGAUGUGUCUGGCUGCUAUGUUCUUCUUCCCGCUGCUUACAAUAUCUGGGAGCAUAUCAAGGACUUUUUCGACAAGAACAUCAAGGAACUCGGAGUCGAGAACUGCUACUUCCCCAUGUUUGUCUCUCAAGCUGCUCUUGAAAAGGAGAAGGAGCACAUCGAGGACUUCGCCCCUGAAGUCGCCUGGGUAACUAAAUCUGGUGAUACUGAGCUUGCUGAACCUAUCGCCAUUCGACCCACUUCCGAAACUGUUAUGUACCCGAUAUACGCAAAACGAUGUCAGUCUCACCGAGAUCUUCCAAUCAAAAUGAACCAAUGGUGCAAUGUUGUUCGAUGGGAAUUCAAACAUCCAACUCCGUUCCUUCGAACUCGAGAGUUCCUUUGGCAAGAAGGUCACUCCGCUUUCGCCACAAAGCCUGAAGCCGAGAAAGAAGUUAUGCAGAUCUUGGACUUGUAUCGACAGGUUUACGAAGAUCUCCUCGCCAUUCCCACGGUUCCCGGAAAGAAGACGAUCAAAGAAAAGUUCGCUGGUGGCGACUACACUACCACUGUCGAAGCUUACAUCAAGGCUGCUGGGCGAGCUAUCCAAGGUGCCACUUCUCAUCAUCUUGGCCAGAACUUCUCGAAAAUGUUCAACAUCUCAUUCGAGGACGAGUCGAAGGGCAAGGGUGCUCGAGAAUUCGCCUACCAGAACUCGUGGGGCAUUACAACCCGAACUAUUGGUGUUUUGAUCAUGGUCCACGCUGAUGACAAGGGCCUGGUUAUCCCACCAAAGGUUUCUCGAUACCAAGCUGUCAUCGUUCCUUGCGGAGCAACCAAAACUGAAGAGGACAAAGCAGCACUCUUUGGUGCUUGCAAGGCGCUUGAAACUCAGCUCAAGGAAUUCGGCGUUCGAGCUCACGCCGAUCUCCGAGAUGACAAGAAGCCCGGGUGGAAGUUCAACGACUGGGAGCUCCAGGGUGUCCCACUCCGAAUCGAAAUCGGACCAAAGGAUCUUGAAGCAAAUACGGCCGUCUUUGCUCGACGAGAUACCAUGGAGAAGGUUACUCAUUCCGGCAUUCUUACUGUCCCAUUCAUUGCGAAGAAUACUGUUUUGGAAACAUUGGAUAACAUCCAAUCUGACAUGUUCAAGAAGGCUCAGAGAGAACUAAACGAGAACCUUGUUCGAGUUUCUACUACCGAAAAUAUCGUCAAGGAUGAAAAUGAUCGUGCGUGGAAGGAGUUCUGCGGUGCCCUCUCCCAGGGCAAGCUCAUUCAAGCUCCUUAUUGUGACUUGCCAGAAUGCGAAGACAGAAUCAAGGAACUGUCCUCUGCUGGUUUAGACGUAGAAGCAGGAGCUCCAUCCAUGGGAGCGAAGGGAUUGUGCAUGCCAUUCGCACCAAAGGGAGAACUGACUGAGAACGAAAAGGCCUGUAUCUGUCCUGGAUGCGAGCGAAAAGUGAAGGCUGUCACCAUAGCCAUUGAGAUCUACCCUCUGCCAACCGGUCUAACAAAGCCUGCGAUAACAACCGAGAAUUCUCAAAAAACAGUUAGGGUAACCACACAGCCAAAUAUUUUACUGGGCUCAUCCGUCAAUCAAGUGCUGAUGAAUGAUCUCGUUGUUUGGCAAGCAGCAAUGGACGCGAAGGAAUCACCGACUGCAGCUCCACCGACUCUGAAACCCAUGAAACCAAACGAAUCAAUUUGGAAGCCGGGUGACUAUCUUCUUGAAGUCGAGCUGAUGAAAUACUCGCUUGAAAACCGACAUAUCUUCCGCGACAAUGAGCCGGCGAACGCUCGUAUCUCCACGGACGGCACACCGCGAAUAACAAAGUCCGAGUUCUGGCGGGACUGCGCGCGUCGACUCAAUCAAGUCAUCAGCGAGCGAACCGAUCUGUUCAGCGAGUACGGGCCUUUGGCACAGGGAGACGCAUCUCAAAAAUAUCGAAAUCUAAAGAAGGUUUACCUACAGAAACUCCACAAGGCCCAUGAAACGCAAAACUUUGAAGAGGUCAAGCAGAUGCGUCACUACCAUGCUUUCAAGCAAAUCUACCGACCCCAAAAAGAUAAAGGCUCUUUCGUUGGAAGCGUUUAUUCUUUUCCAUUUUCAAUCGACCACUCGCCGAUGGAGAACGAACCUGACAACAACGAGGAGAUCGAGAUGAUCAACAAUACAAACUUGAAUAAGGAGAGCUCUGGUGCCGAAGCUCUUUCAUCUAAUCAAGCUCUCAAGCUCCUUCAGCGACUUGCCGAAGCCAUGGAAGGUGCCCGAGCAGAAGGAAGGAUUCACCAAAUGAACAUGGAGUCUCAAAUGAACAGACUCAACAUGAUCGAAAACGAACGCAACAAACUGCUAAAAGAAGCCAACCAGCUUCAAGCAGAGCAACUCAAGUUCGAAAAGGAGAAAUUCUUCGCAAGCAAGCAGCACGAACCAGAACCUGACGAGCCAAAUCCCAUGGAUGCGAUGGCUUUUUGUUUGAAUUUACUUGAUGACUUCAAAAACUAUAUCAACCGAGACUCGCGACGAGCUGAGAAUCUUCUUUGCGACCAACAGUUGCGAGACUGCAAAGAAGGUGACAUCAUCCAGAUCCAGCGACGUGGAUUCUAUCGAGUCGAUCAACCCUACAAGCCAGCCAACGGUGCAACUUUCCAGGAGACUCCAGCUAUUCUCUUCUCAAUUCCAGACGGCCGAACGAAGGAAGUCGCAAAGACUGGAGCCAAGCAAGCUUCCCAACCAGCGAAAGAGCAAGUUAGAGGAAAAGGCACCAAGAAAGCUGCGCCCGGUCAAGCUGCUGCUGCUCCCGCACAGCCCGCCGGAGAUGCCCUCGCUCUUUGGGAGGAAGUUACCAAACUUGGCGAUGCUGUCCGCGAACUCAAGACGGCUAAGGCUGCUAAAGACCAGGUCACGGCUGCUGUGAACAAACUUCUCGAGGGAAAGAAGAACUACAAAGAAAAGACAGGACAAGAUUACGAUGCUAAAAAGAAGCCCGCUGGUGGUGCUUCCGCUCCUACUACCCCUGCAGCAGGAGGUGCCUCGUCUGAGUUGGCACUCUGGGAAGAAGUCAACAAGCUCGGCACUGCUGUCCGAGAUCUUAAAGCUGCUAAAGCUCCGAAGGAUCAAGUUACAGCCGCCGUGAACAAGCUUCUCGAAGCCAAGAAGAAUUUCAAGGCUAAAACUGGCAAAGAUUAUGACGCUAACAAGAAACCUACUGGUGGAGUUGCUCCAGUCCCCGAUCAAGCUGCUUCAGCCGCUGCCUCUGGUGGUGACCUCGCUCUCUGGGAGGAGGUUACUAAACUAGGGCAAUCAGUCCGAGACCUCAAGGCCGCCAAAGCUCCUAAAGACCAGGUCAAAGCUGCUGUGGACAAACUACUUGAUGGAAAGAAGAACUACAAGGCCAAGACUGGACAGGAUUAUGAUGCGAAUAAGAAGCCCGCUAGUGGUGCUUCUCCUGCGCCUGCUCAUGCUGCCGCUGCGCCCGCUUCUUCCUCUGGUGAUCUUGCCCUUUGGGAAGAAGUCACUAAACUUGGCGAUGCUGUCCGUCAACUCAAAGCUGCCAAAGCACCAAAGGACCAAGUAACUGCUGCUGUUACCAAACUCCUUGAAGGGAAGAAGGAAUUCAAGGCAAAAACUGGAUCCGACUAUGAUGCGAAAAAGAAACCAGCUGGCAGUGCUCCCGCUGCGGCCUCUACUUCCGCAGCUCCCUCUGGAGCUCUUGCUGCCUGGGAAGCUACUACUGCCCAAGGAAACGCUGUUAGAGAACUGAAAGCCAAGAAAGCAUCAAAGGAUGAAAUCAUGGCUGCCGUCGGAAAACUUAAAGAAUUGAAAGAGACAUUCAAGAAAGUAUCAGGUACCGACUACGACGCCAACAAGAAGCCUGCUGGUGGAUCGGCUGCUGCUCCUGUACCUGCCGCUGCCGCGACUUCCGCUGCUAGCCCACAUAUGGACUUGUGGAAACACACCGUCGAGCAGGGAGAGAAGGUUCGAAAGCUCAAGGCUGAAAAGGCUUCGAAAGAAGACAUCACGGCUGCAGUAGGGGAAUUGAAAGACCGAAAAGUAAAAUAUGAAGCUGCAUCAGGUCAGAAAUAUGACGCCAACAAACCACCAACUGGAGGUGCUAGUGCUGCACCCGCUGCCAAACCAGCAGCUAAGCCUGCCAAGAAAGAAAAGGCUCCCAAGCAAGCUCAAGCCCCAAAGAAGGGCGAAACUCGCCUUGGAGUUGAAGCCAAGAAAGACGAAGAUCUGCCAACCUGGUUCCAGCAGACCAUCACCAAGGCAGGCUUGAUUGAGUACUACGAUGUGUCUGGCUGCUAUGUUCUUCUUCCCGCUGCUUACAAUAUCUGGGAGCAUAUCAAGGACUUUUUCGACAAGAACAUCAAGGAACUCGGAGUCGAGAACUGCUACUUCCCCAUGUUUGUCUCUCAAGCUGCUCUUGAAAAGGAGAAGGAGCACAUCGAGGACUUCGCCCCUGAAGUCGCCUGGGUAACUAAAUCUGGUGAUACUGAGCUUGCUGAACCUAUCGCCAUUCGACCCACUUCCGAAACUGUUAUGUACCCGAUAUACGCAAAACGAUGUCAGUCUCACCGAGAUCUUCCAAUCAAAAUGAACCAAUGGUGCAAUGUUGUUCGAUGGGAAUUCAAACAUCCAACUCCGUUCCUUCGAACUCGAGAGUUCCUUUGGCAAGAAGGUCACUCCGCUUUCGCCACAAAGCCUGAAGCCGAGAAAGAAGUUAUGCAGAUCUUGGACUUGUAUCGACAGGUUUACGAAGAUCUCCUCGCCAUUCCCACGGUUCCCGGAAAGAAGACGAUCAAAGAAAAGUUCGCUGGUGGCGACUACACUACCACUGUCGAAGCUUACAUCAAGGCUGCUGGGCGAGCUAUCCAAGGUGCCACUUCUCAUCAUCUUGGCCAGAACUUCUCGAAAAUGUUCAACAUCUCAUUCGAGGACGAGUCGAAGGGCAAGGGUGCUCGAGAAUUCGCCUACCAGAACUCGUGGGGCAUUACAACCCGAACUAUUGGUGUUUUGAUCAUGGUCCACGCUGAUGACAAGGGCCUGGUUAUCCCACCAAAGGUUUCUCGAUACCAAGCUGUCAUCGUUCCUUGCGGAGCAACCAAAACUGAAGAGGACAAAGCAGCACUCUUUGGUGCUUGCAAGGCGCUUGAAACUCAGCUCAAGGAAUUCGGCGUUCGAGCUCACGCCGAUCUCCGAGAUGACAAGAAGCCCGGGUGGAAGUUCAACGACUGGGAGCUCCAGGGUGUCCCACUCCGAAUCGAAAUCGGACCAAAGGAUCUUGAAGCAAAUACGGCCGUCUUUGCUCGACGAGAUACCAUGGAGAAGGUUACUCAUUCCGGCAUUCUUACUGUCCCAUUCAUUGCGAAGAAUACUGUUUUGGAAACAUUGGAUAACAUCCAAUCUGACAUGUUCAAGAAGGCUCAGAGAGAACUAAACGAGAACCUUGUUCGAGUUUCUACUACCGAAAAUAUCGUCAAGGAUGAAAAUGAUCGUGCGUGGAAGGAGUUCUGCGGUGCCCUCUCCCAGGGCAAGCUCAUUCAAGCUCCUUAUUGUGACUUGCCAGAAUGCGAAGACAGAAUCAAGGAACUGUCCUCUGCUGGUUUAGACGUAGAAGCAGGAGCUCCAUCCAUGGGAGCGAAGGGAUUGUGCAUGCCAUUCGCACCAAAGGGAGAACUGACUGAGAACGAAAAGGCCUGUAUCUGUCCUGGAUGCGAGCGAAAAGUGAAGGCUGUCACCAUAGCCAUUGAGAUCUACCCUCUGCCAACCGGUCUAACAAAGCCUGCGAUAACAACCGAGAAUUCUCAAAAAACAGUUAGGGUAACCACACAGCCAAAUAUUUUACUGGGCUCAUCCGUCAAUCAAGUGCUGAUGAAUGAUCUCGUUGUUUGGCAAGCAGCAAUGGACGCGAAGGAAUCACCGACUGCAGCUCCACCGACUCUGAAACCCAUGAAACCAAACGAAUCAAUUUGGAAGCCGGGUGACUAUCUUCUUGAAGUCGAGCUGAUGAAAUACUCGCUUGAAAACCGACAUAUCUUCCGCGACAAUGAGCCGGCGAACGCUCGUAUCUCCACGGACGGCACACCGCGAAUAACAAAGUCCGAGUUCUGGCGGGACUGCGCGCGUCGACUCAAUCAAGUCAUCAGCGAGCGAACCGAUCUGUUCAGCGAGUACGGGCCUUUGGCACAGGGAGACGCAUCUCAAAAAUAUCGAAAUCUAAAGAAGGUUUACCUACAGAAACUCCACAAGGCCCAUGAAACGCAAAACUUUGAAGAGGUCAAGCAGAUGCGUCACUACCAUGCUUUCAAGCAAAUCUACCGACCCCAAAAAGAUAAAGGCUCUUUCGUUGGAAGCGUUUAUUCUUUUCCAUUUUCAAUCGACCACUCGCCGAUGGAGAACGAACCUGACAACAACGAGGAGAUCGAGAUGAUCAACAAUACAAACUUGAAUAAGGAGAGCUCUGGUGCCGAAGCUCUUUCAUCUAAUCAAGCUCUCAAGCUCCUUCAGCGACUUGCCGAAGCCAUGGAAGGUGCCCGAGCAGAAGGAAGGAUUCACCAAAUGAACAUGGAGUCUCAAAUGAACAGACUCAACAUGAUCGAAAACGAACGCAACAAACUGCUAAAAGAAGCCAACCAGCUUCAAGCAGAGCAACUCAAGUUCGAAAAGGAGAAAUUCUUCGCAAGCAAGCAGCACGAACCAGAACCUGACGAGCCAAAUCCCAUGGAUGCGAUGGCUUUGUAA